CCUACGUGAAAGUGCACUUUUCAAAAUAGUUAUAUGGUAUCGUGUGGUGAGUUUCCGUGAGUGGCGAAUGGAGGUCUCUUUGGAUUGGUUUGAGAGCAUAUCUCCUAGAAUGCACAUUUGUCGAAAGCGUCAUUUGGAUCUUGAUAAACCAGAGAGAAAGGCUAAAAAGAACGUCAGACGAACGCCAUCUACUGCAUUUUCCGUCAAUCAGGGAGCUGUUCGUGACAAUAAAAAACCUACUAAAAUGCAGUUCAUAAUGAACGGAAACAAAGCCCCAGAUCCACAACAUUUACAUACUAACAUGCUCAGAGCCCAACUUAUCCAAGAAAGGGAAAUGGAGUAUUAUUUCCAACUAUUAGAGCAAGACAGAGUAAUCAAACAAUUCUUAGAAUUUGAUAAAUGCUACAUAUAUGCAGACAAAUACAAUCUGGCGUGUGUUUUCGCAUACUUUAAACGGUGCAAUUUUAACAUUAACGAAUACAGGCGUUUGAACUUUUUCUGCUGCUUGUACCUGGUGCAUGAUAUGGAAGAAGAUAAUGAGGACUACAAGUAUGAAAUUUUUCCUUGGGCAUUGGGAUGUACUUGGCGCAAGAGAGUAUCUUCAUUCCUGCGUCGAAAAGAAAAUAUUUGGGCUAGAAUGAAUUACAGGGCUGUUGUCAGUUUAACUUGCUGUAAAGAAAUCAUGGCAAUAUGUCCUGAACAUCCGGUGUGGAAAAGAACUCGCCUUGAACACCAUGGCUACACUAUACGAGCAUAUGUUAAAAAUAAAAAUUCAGGCAUCCCAAAGGGUCCUAAUUGUCCUCCGUCUGAAUGCAAACAAUGUUUUACAAUGCGAGCCAUUGAAACAUCGCAAGGAUCUAGGGAGGUUACUGCUUAUGAACAAUUAUCAACUCAGUGCAAAACCGAAAAUCUUUUGGCUAGUGGUACUUGCACCUAUCAACCAGUUAACGCUGUAGAAAACCGCGUUCCUCAGCUUGAAUAUUCUAACCAGUUCCGAAUGUCAUGUGUUCCCACUUUUUCUUGGCAGCAACGACCUGAAGAAUCUUGGUUGUCACAAGAAACUUACUGCUCAACGCCAGAUUUUUCCCGAAUUGGAAACUCUUUCAUAUUUGCGGAGGAAUAGAACCUUUGAGCUUUUUUAACACUGACAAACUUUGUUUUCCAUCUGCUUGUCUAAAUACAUUUUUGCAUUUUGGUCCUUCUGUCGCAAUCAUAAAUAUGGUGGUGGUUGGAC